AUGAGGAUGAGGUUCGUCACUCUUUUCAUUGGGACCGUCGUGUUCAGUGCCGCCCAUCUAGUGCCUGGGGUGGCCGCUGAACCCAACUAUGUGACCGUCGAACAGUUGGCAGAGAUCCCCGAUGGGUGGAUAAGGGAGAGUCCUGCAUCCCCGUCCAGGUUGAUGACCUUUCAUAUCUCGCUGCAUCAGGAGAAUGCAGCCCGGUUCGAGCAGAUGGUCAUCGAUAUGUCUACCCCGGGACACGACAGUUAUGGACGCCACAUGAAGCGUGAUGAUGUUCGUGAUGCCCUCCGCCCUUCCGAACGGACUGUGGAGAAAGUCCGGUCCUGGCUGGAAUCCGAGCACGUUCCUCCGCAGUCUAUUCACACUCACGGCAACUGGGUCACGUUCAAGGUCCCGGUAUCGCAGGCAGAAUCGUUGCUGAGAACACAAUUCCACCGGUAUUUCCACCAGCAAACCGGGGCACAUGCAGUCAGGACCCUUGCAUACUCAGUGCCAGAGGAUCUCCACCCGGCCAUUCAACUGAUCCAACCGACAACCCGUUUUGGACACCCGGGGGCUCAAUCGGCCCUACAGGACUUCAGACCUACGGGUGCCACAUUCGAUGAUCUGACCGCAGACUGUUCCACGACAGUCACGCCGGACUGUCUCCGGGAGCUCUACGGGCUCUUCGACACGAUUGCAGAGCCCGACCCUCGCAACAAGCUUGGCAUAUCCGGAUACUUGGACCAGUAUGCACGGUUUGGAGACUUGAAUCAAUUUCUAGACGCAUACGCCCCCAACCAAACAGACCCCGCCAACUUUACCGUGGUCUCCAUCAACGGUGGCCUCAACUUGCAGAACUCGAGCAAGGCGAGCACGGAAGCCAGUCUAGACAUCCAGUACGCAAUAUCCCUGGCCUCCAACACCUUCGCGACGUACUACACCACCGGCGGACGGGCGCCGUUUGUCCCCGAAGGAGAUGGAGCAACCGCCGAGGAGGACGAGUCCACGAACGAGCCGUAUCUGGAACAACUCCACUAUCUUCUCAGCCUCCCCGACACCGAGCUGCCCGCGAUCCUCUCCACCUCCUACGGCGAAGACGAGCAGAGCGUGCCCGAGUCCUACGCCAACGCGACGUGUAACCUGUUUGCCCAGCUGGGGGCCCGCGGGGUUUCGCCGAUCUUCCCUGCGUCGUGCCCCUUUGUCACCUCCGUCGGCGGCACCUACGAAGUCAAGCCCGAACGGGGCAUCAGCUUCUCCGGGGGCGGGUUCUCAGACCGAUUCCCACGUCCGGCGUACCAGGAUGCGAGCGUGGACACUUACCUCGAGAGCCUGGGCGGCAAAUGGGAAGGUCUCUACAAUCGUGGAGGGCGAGCGAUUCCCGACGUGGCCGCACAAGCCAGCAACUUUGUGAUUCUCGACCACGGCAGGCGGCUAAAGAUUGGAGGCACCAGUGCCGCGGCACCCGUUUUCGCCGCCGUGGUCUCCCGAUUGAACGCCGCCCGGCUGCAAGACGGCCAGCCCAGACUGGGCUUCCUCAACCCGUGGCUCUAUUCCUUGAAUCAAACGGGAUUCACGGAUAUCGUCGACGGGGGGUCCGUGGGCUGUCUGGGCGACACCGGUGCCUUUAUACAUCCUUUCCAUCACAAAAUGGCUACCGAACUACGACCGCUCGUCUCGGAGCUCCAGAACGCCGUCAACCGCAAACAAUUCGAUGCCGUGAACGACCUGCUCAGCCGGGCUAAGCGCUCUCUCCUGCUACAGAAUGCGUUGAUUCCCACACCCUCCACAGCUCCCGAGGUAGUUGUGGUCGCCCGCGAAGUCCUGGAGCUGGGAGCCCUGGCCGCAAUCCGACAGACCGACGCCCCGUCUUUCACGAGAUACUACCAGCAGCUACAGCCCUUUUACGAUCUCGAAAAAGACAGCGCCCGCGCCCAGACGAUCGACUCCAAGACCAGCCAGCGCAGCAAAAUCACCGGGCUGUAUCUAUUGCUGCUGCUCAGCAUGGGCGACAGUACCAGCUUCCACACGGUCUUGGAGGGGCUCGUGGAGGAGGCCAGCUUGAACGGCACGUCGGUGGAGGACGAUCCAUUCAUCAAAUAUCCCGUGGACCUGGAGAGGAACCUGAUGGAGGGCAGUUAUGAUAAAGUGUGGAGGGAGACGAAUUCCGAGCGAGUGCCCUCGGAGGAUUUUGCCCUGUUUUCGAAUGUCCUUGUUGGAACCAUUCGCAGCGAGAUUGCAGACUGCUCCGAGAAAGCCUACCCGUCACUCCCCAUUUCCAAUGCCAAGAACCUCCUCUUCCUCGAGUCGGAAGGCGCCGUCAUCGAGUUCGCCCACCAGCGCGGAUGGCUUCUCCAAGACGGCCGGAUAUUCUUCCCCGUCGAGCCCGAGGCCGCCGCACGCUCCGAGAAGGAUAUCCUGGUGGCCAGCGGGACCAUCAUCGAGAAUGCAAUCGGGUACGCCCGCGAACUGGAGACCAUUGUUUAA